AAAACUAAAGGGGGAUACAGGCAAACUCCCCAUGAAGAUAGACUCCUCUACCUUCUUUCAACCUUUAAUCAAGCACUACUCUUAACCACACCACAACACACUGGAUUUAGCGCCAAAAUCCGAACAUGCUCUGUCUACCUAUACAAUCCAUUACCCCUCACCCCAAAACACCCUUUGGAUCACAAACCCAAGUGCUCAGAUUCUUUUCAACAACCAAAUUCCUUCAUCAUCAUCAUCAUCGUAAACAUUGGAACAAGAUCAUUCACAGGAGUGAUGGGUACAGUCCUUGUUGUUGUUUGAAGCCAGAUACGGGUUUAAGUUGGAGUGAAGAAGAGUUCGAUAUGGAAUUGGGGCGCAUGUUGAGGCUGUUGCCGGAGGAGAUGCGGCGGAGGGUUAAUGAGCAUCAGGAACUUCAUCAAUUGAUUGAGGUUGUUAUGGAUUUGGGGCGGAAACCGCUCGCUCGGUUUCCGUCUGGGGAUUUUAUGUUGUCGGAUGAUUUGAUCACGGUGGAUGAUCUUGAACAUGCUACUUCGUUGGUAGGUGAUUUCGCUAUUGAUAAUCGAGCUGGCAUUAGCAGAACUUUACAUCGAAUAAGUGCCAUCAGAAACCGGAAGGGCACAAUAAUAGGACUAACAUGUCGUGUUGGCCGAGCUGUAUCAGGAAGUGCAAAGUUAUUGCAAGAUUUGGUUAAAGACGGAGCUUCUUUAUUGCUUAUUGGACCUCCAGGAGUAGGAAAAACAACAAUUAUCAGGGACGUAGCUCGAAUGCUUGCAAAUGAUUAUAAUAAACGUGUAAUGAUUGUUGAUACUUCAAAUGAAAUUGGCGGAGACGGUGAUAUACCACAUUCUGGUAUAGGUAAUGCUCGACGGAUGCAAGUUCCUGAUGCCGACAUGCAACAUAAGGUAUUAAUAGAAGCAGUUGAAAAUCAUAUGCCUCAAGUGAUUGUAAUCGAUGAAAUCGGUACAAAACUUGAAGCAGCAGCUGCAAGCACUAUUGCACAACGUGGGAUUCAGUUAGUUGCAACUGCUCAUGGUAUUACGAUCGAGAAUUUAGUAAUGAAUCCUUCAUUGGAUAUGCUUGUUGGAGGAAUACAGAGUGUGACACUAGGAGACGAAGAGGCAAACCGUAGGGGCGUACAGAAAUCAGUGCUGGAGAGAAAAGGUCCUUCCACUUUCGAUUGUGCGGUUGAGAUUAUUUCUAGGCUCGAGUUGAGAGUUCACAGCAGUCUCGAAGCAACCGUUGAUGCUAUUCUUUCUGGCCGUUCCCCGAACUAUCAAGUUUGCAAGGGAGUGAUAGACGUUACAUUACAAAGUGAUCCAAUUGCAUAUGAGUCGUUUGUCAAGAAGAGUGUCUCUACAGUCGAAGGAGGCAUUCCACAGUGGACCAAUGAAAAGCUUACACCCGACAAACACAUUUCUAAAGAGUCUCAAAGUGAUACGGAUACUUCUUAUGAUAAGCCGCCCUUGUGUUUAUUUCUCUAUGGCGUCUCGGAGACAACUUCAAGACAAGUAUUCAAACACUUAAAGAUGGAAUCUGCUGUUGAAUUUACUGAGAAUAUUAGUGAAGCAGAUGCAAUACUUGCAUUACUGUCUAAAAUCAAGAAAAAUUCCCGGAUUCAGGCUGCUGCCCACUCUAAUGACAUACCUAUUUAUGUCACAAAGACAAGCUCAUUGACACAGUUAACAAAGGCCAUAGAGGCAUUAGUGACUGAUUAUGAUAAUGGUUUUGAAGACGUUGAAGAUGAAUAUUCUCAGAUAAAUGAAUCGGAGAAGACUGAUGCUUUGGAGGAAGCGAGGAUUGCUAUUGAACAGGUUGUCAUCCCAAAAGGUGAACCUGUAGAAUUACUUCCACGGCAAUCCAACAUUCUGUUGCUCCAGAAGGGUCUAAUUCGUAAAUAUAAGCUACAAGCACAGCGAGUCGGUUCAGAAGCGGAUGUAAGGCUUCGUAUUUUACCAUUUCAAGCUGAAAAACAAGAUAAACACGACGCUCACGACGAUGAUGAUGAUGAUGAUGGUGAUACUGAUGCACUUAAUGAGUUGUCUAAUGCGAAUGGCUCACCCUACCCGGUGAACAGAUUACCUUUUCUGCCUGACUAGGAAAAUAAGGAAACGAUGAAUGAUUUUGGACGUUACAGCAAGGAUAAAAGAAACCAUGCUAUUUUGGGAGGGUUUGGCUCAUAUAUUUCAUCCUCCUGCGGAAUAUAGGGGUCAAAGCCUUGUUAUUAAAAACUAUAUUUUGUUUUUCAGACUUUUGUAAAACUUGAAAACUCAUGGUUUAUGUUGUGAACAAAAUACUUGGUCUUGUAUUGACGUUUUAAUUAAUAUAUAUUUGG